AACAGAAACAUAACAUUUGGUUCUGAAUUUCCCGAUGAUUAUCUAUCAUCAGAACAAACUUCUUUUUAGCUUUCUUCCUUUGACCCUCUAAAUUCUUUUCUCAUGGCCGAUGGACUUGUUCCAUCGGUUCUUGGUUCCUUGAAUUCCAUCCUCCUAUCCGAGCUAGGAUCCGUGUUGUCCUGUUGCCAAGAGCUACAAGACCUUUCUAGUGCAUUCAAAGCCAUUCAAGCCGUUCUUCGCGAUGCUGAGAGGAAACGGAGAAAGGAAGAAGCUCUGAGUGACUGGCUGGAGAAGAUCAAAGAUGUGGCCUACGACGUUGAAGACUUGCUGGACCAGUGCAAAGCCGAAUCCCUCAGACAUGACAAUGAAGAGAGCAGAAUCCCACCUUUUGCAAAGCGGGUAUGCAACUCUGUCUUACGUACUCUUAAUGUCGAUGAAACAGUCGAUGAACUGGGCUUUCAUGUUAAAUUGGGCAUUGAGAUGGGGCGUAGAUUAAAAAAUGUUAGAGAAAGGCUCAAUGCUAUAUGUAGAGAGAAGUCUAACUUUCAUUUGGAAGAAAGCAUAGAUAGCAAGAUGGAGAUGGUGGAGAGAAAAACUAGUUCCUUGGUUGAUGAAACGGAGAUUAUUGGUAGGACUCCAGAUAAGGAAAGGAUCAUACGCUGGUUGUUAAAUGAUAUUAAUCAUGUCAGUAAUGACAUUCCCGUCAUUUCUAUAAUUGGUUUAGGGGGAGUAGGAAAGACUGCUCUCGCUCAAUUAAUAUAUAAUGACCAGCUAGUUAUUGGGCACUUCUCGAAAAUGAUGUGGGUCCAUGUUUCAGAUAAUUUUAAUGAGACUAAGAUUUGUAAUGCAAUCAUUGAAUCGGCAGAGGGUCGACCUGCCCCUGGUUUCUCGGAAUGGCAAAUGGUGCAAAAUCAUCUACGGAAAAUCUUGAUAGGGGAGCGAUUUUUAGUUGUGCUUGAUGACAUCUGGAAUGAAGAUGAAGACAAGUGGAAUAAAUUGAGGCUUCCUUUGAAAUAUGGAGAUAUUGGAAGUAGAAUUUUGAUCACGACUCGCAAUGAAGGCGUGGUUAAAAUUAUGCGCGGCACGAAAAUGCAUGAACUAGCGCCCCUAUUAGAAAGGGAUUCUUGGUCAUUGUUCAGUCAUAUUGCUUUUGGGGAAAUAAAUACAGAGGAACGUGCAGAGUUGGAACAGAUUGGCAAAGAAAUUGCUAGAAAGUGUGACAGAUUACCUCUUAUUAUAAAGAGAAUAGCAAAUGCAGUGCGUUUCAAGAGGACGAGAAGGGAGUGGGAGCAUGUGUUGGAGAGUGAAACAUGGGAUUUUCCAAAUGUUACAAGAGGUCUUCAAUUAAGCUAUGAAAAUAUGCCUCCUUACUUGAAGCGUUGCUUUGCCUUUUGUUCUAUAUAUCCUAAGGAUCAUGUUAUAGAGAGGGAGACAUUAAUCAAGUUGUGGAUGGCCCAGGGCUUUCUUCCAGAGGAAAGUACAGCAAUGGAAGGUAUAGGCGAUGGGUAUUUUUACGAAUUAAUAGGGCGAUCCUUGUUUGAUGCUCCAAUUACAGAUUGCUUUGGCAAUAUCAUGCACUGUAAGAUGAUGGAUAUUGUUCAUGACUUCUUCCAAACUGUCGUGAGAGAAUGCCAUACCAUGAACAUGGAAUUGUCGAACAGCAUCCCCCUGCAUGUGCGCCAUGUCUCAUUGAAAUGCAGUAAAGAUUUCUCAUCAAUUCCGGGAAGCUUGUGCAAAGCCAAGAAUCUGCGCACGCUCCUGUUCAUUGGGUGGUCAACAAUCACUGUGCUGGCUGAUGAUUUUUUUGAAAAUUUCAGGUGCCUCAGAGCAUUAGAUUUGAGUGGUACAAACUGUUCCCAUAUUCCCAAGUCCUUGAAGGACUUGAAACUUUUAAGAUACCUCAACUUAUCUACUGCUCAAGUAGAGUUGCUUCCUGAAUUCAUAUGCGGACUGUAUUCGUUGCAAACCUUGAUACUUAAUGCGUGCCGCCGAAUCUCUAUACUUCCCGAAAAGAUGUGGAAACUUGCGAGGCUUAGACAUCUGGAAAUUGAAAGUACCUCGCAAUUGCAGGCUUUACCCCAUUGGAUUGGGAGGUUAACUUCCCUUAGAACAUUGUCAAAGUUUAUUGUUGGGGAAGGGAUGGAAUGCAGGAUUGGGGAACUUAAAAACCUCAAUCUCCUCCAAGGAAAGUUAGCGAUAUACCAUUUGGAGAGGGUGUUAAAUGAGGGUGACGCCAAGGAAGCAGAACUAAUGAAUAAGAAACACCUUCGCCAUUUGGAAUUGUAUUUCAUUGGCUGGGGACUGUCAGCACCAUUGCUUGGAAGUUCAGUAGUGUCAGUCGGGAUUAAAGUAAAGAUCAAUGAGGGCGUGUUGGAAGGCCUUCGGCCCCAUGCAAACCUAGAAGAACUGAAAAUAUCGGGUUACAUGGGAUUGAAGUUCCCGGGAUGGAUGGAAGAUGCAUCGUUCUCCAAUCUAGUUAAUGUGACUCUUCGUAACUGCCAUCACUGCAUAAAACUACCAGCACUUGGGACACUACCAUACCUUAAAUACCUUACCAUAGUAGCAAUGGCUAAGGUGGAAUUCAUCGGUCCAGAGUUCUACGGGAACAACGAUAGUAGAGACGUAACAGGUGCAGCUCCAGCAUUCCCCAAGUUGGAGACACUCGUUUUGAUGGGAAUGGCUACUUUGAGGGAGUGGGCUGGAAGACCAGAUGGAGGAAUGCCGUCUCUCCUUGAACUACGUAUUGCAAAAUGUCCCAUGUUAAUGAAAGUGCCCUUAUUCCGUCAUGGUAAACUGUGGAAAGUGGAUAUUGAAUUACCAAGCACCUACUGGACAUCGUGCAUUUCAGAAUCUGUCGAGUGUUUGGUUGUAGACGACAUCAGAGGCAGCCAUCAUGUGUUAAUCAGAAACAACGUAGACGGCAUCAGAGGCAACCAUGUGUUAAUCGGAAACAACGUAGACGGCAUCAGAGGCAACCAUGUGUUCAUCAGAGACAGCGAUGCGCUCCACAUCAAAGACAUCGAUAUGAUCCACCUGCCGUUAUCUAACAACCUCAAGCACUUGGUGAUUAAAAACUCACCAUAUUUUGAGCUCCCCGCUGGGAUACAAAAACUCCGUGGGCUCCAGAUACUCCACGUUACAGACUGCCGAAAACUGACACAUCUGCCUAAAGAGCUCAAAGACCUCCGUAACCUUCGUCAACUGAAGGUCAUGCGCUGUCCGAAUUUAGAAAAAUGGUGUGAAAAAUAUGCUGACGAUGAUCAGGAACUAGCAAUGUCACACAUCCCUAAUAUCUGGAUCGGCAACCGAGAGAUAAAGCGAGAUGGGCAAGAAAUCUCUGGACAUGAAGUUCCACGAAGAGCAGCGGCGGAAUGACGCAUCAGGCCUGAAGGAUUCGACUGUAGUGUAAGAGUUGCUGAUAUCAAUCUCCACCAUCCAUCAAAUGAUACUCCUCUUCCAAUCAACACUGAUGCCCGAAAGUCAUAACAGUCGGUAAGGGGUGGCUGUAGGUAGAGCAACCAUAGAGGUUUGUUACCACACUUUCUCCCUCAUUUAUUUUGGAUUUCAAGGCAUGUAUGCCAAUGUGUGUUGGUGUGAAACUCUUUAACUCCAAGGACAGUAUACUUUGGAUUUUUAAGGCAUGUAAUAGUGUGAAACUCUCAACUCUAAGGGCAUGUGGCUAAAGGUGGAGCAACCAUAGAGGUUUGUUUCCACAGUUCUCCCUCAUGUAUUUUGGAUUUCAAGGCAUGUAUGCCAAUGUGUGUUAGUGUGAAACUCUUUAACUCCAACGACAGUAUACUUUGGAUUUUUAAGGCAUGUAAUGGUGUGAAAUUCUCUACUAAAAGGACAGUAAGACUGUAAUA